AUGAAGCGCAAGCUCUCAGAUUCCGGUCUGGAAAAUGACCAACCCGCAGGCUCGACACCGAAAAGGCCGCGGACCACACAGGUGCAAGCCAAUGGCGCCUUGAACGAUCUCGCGCCGAACCACUCACCACCGAACGGCGAUUCUACCUACGAACAUCCUCCAGGUCUAUCAACUCCCAAAAAGGCCAAUGGAACCGCGCCAACCCCGUUGAAGGAAUCCGGGCUGAAGACCCCAACCCAUAGAACCAAGGCUCGAAAUUUGUUUGCGACUCCGACGAAACCCAAGACUCCCGCCGCUGGGACCCCGGCUCGGCUGAAAAUCGCCGAUCGGUCUGCGAAGAAGAAGAGCGCCCGGGUAUUAUUAGAACGAGACGAAGAUGCCGACUGGGAUGGCUCGGAACAGCUGGCGGAGGAGAUUCUCCAGGAUGACGAAUCUGAAAAGGCUACCGAGCCAGUGACGGAAAGCAUUGAGGAAGGGGAUGCCGAGAAACCGAAGGGCAAAGACGCGAAGGCUCCUAAGCGCCGAGCAGGUCGACCUAAAGGCGCAAAGAAUAAACGGUCACCAACGCCGGAAGGUGAACUGCCUGCACACGAACGCUAUUUCUUCCAAAACCGUGCAGGCACUAUCAAAACAUCCAACACUACUCUGAAUAAGGUGCCAUUGUUGAACCAUGAGGAAUACUUCGAAAAGCUGGGGCAAUCUGCGGAUCCUUGCGCAGAGGAAAAGGAAUAUUUGCUUUCAUUGCACCAUCGAUCAUUUCCGCAAUGGAAUUUCGAGUUCGAGGAAGGCUUCAACAUAUGUCUGUUUGGCUACGGAUCGAAGCGCAAGCUUGUACAACAAUUUGCCGACUGGCUCUACCACCAUUCGGCGUCUAAAAACCCGCCCAUUGUGAUUGUCAAUGGGUACACCCCUGGUAUCUCGAUCCGAUCCAUCUUUGCAAUGAUUGCAUCGGCACUACUUGGCGAUGAUCUACCCUCUAAAUUGGGUGCGCAGCCAACCGAAGUGUUGGAGCUCGUCCAGUCGGCGCUCAAAAACCGACCAGAUAAUGAAGGGCCAGUGACUGUCCUGAUCAACUCUGUCGACGCUCCACCAUUGCGGCGAGCAGCUAAUCAAGCUCUACUUGCUCGUCUAGCCGCCACACCACGUAUUCGUCUUCUUUUCACCGCAGAUACCCCCAAUUUCACAGCGAUGUGGGAUAUCAGUCUGCGUGAUCAGUUAAAUCUUGUCUUCCACGACGGCACUACCUUCACUCCAUUCGCUGUCGAAUAUGAUGUUGUGGAAGAAGUGAACUCUCUACUUGGCCGUAAGGGCCAACGUGCCGGCGGCAAGGAUGGUGUUGGUUUCGUCCUGAAGAGUCUUCCCGAGAAUGCACGCAACCUGUACCGCCUCCUACUCACGGAAGUGAUUACUCUGAUAGACGAUGGCCACCAAUCCGAUGACGAAGGUGGUGCGAAUGGCGGUGACAAUACCGAUGACAAUGGCAUCGAAUUCCGAGCAUUAUACCAAAAGGCAACGGAGGAAUUCAUCGCUUCCUCCGAGAUGAUGUUCCGCACUUUGCUGAAGGAGUUCCACGAUCAUCAAAUGAUCACAUCACGCAUGGACCCCAGCGGCAUGGAAAUCCUGGGCGUGCCACUAUCUCGCGACGAAAUGGAAGGCGUGUUAGAGGAUCUGGUGCUCGGAUAA